AUGAUGGACCCCAAUAGCGCACAGACCGAGGCGUCCUUGCAGAGCUAUAGGGACUACGCAGAAGCGGUCCUCGAUCAGUAUGGCUCCCGCCUGAGCCAACGCCGGAUCAAGGCUGCCCGGAAGCUGAUGGCGCUCUGCGACGGCUGCACGACCCCGAACACCAAGCAGGGCUCCCAGGGAAUCCCUCCACAGACUACCCUGGAGGCGGAGCACCUGUCGGAUGAGCUCACCCUUGCGGUGAAAAAACUGUCGUCCAAGACCCCUAGGCGGUCGUUGAAGGCGUACUGCUCGGAGAAGCUGCUGCGGAAGCCAACAUGCGGCGCCGGCCAGCCAUCAACAGCAACACUACCACUACUGGCACCGUCACCACCACCAAGGCUACCGUUGGCACCCCCCGGCGAAGGGGGCUCCGGUGCGCCGGACGGGGGUGACCUGCACCCGGUGCAGACGAGCAGCGCCGGCCUGCACUGCGGCAUGUGGGCGCUCCUAGGCAGCCUCGAGGCGCAGCUGCCGCGCGUGGCGGCGUCGGCGUCGGCGCCGCCGACCGCGGGCGAGCUGCGCGGCCUCUUCAAGCGGCUCGCCUCCACGAGGAACAACUUCUACGCCGACGACAUCGACGCCGUGCUCCGUGAGUGGGGCGCAUCCAGGGGCCUCUCCCUGAGCCUCGGCGUCGUGGUGGAGGGGGCGCCCGGGGGCGAGGGCGGCCUCUCGUACCAGAUGCGCGACGCCGCCGACGCGACCAUCUGGAUCCACAACGACAACGCCGAAACUAUUCGCGGCGCGCAGUACAGCCACUACUCGGCCAUGGCCUAG